AGCUCUUCCGUAAAAAGAAUAAUGAUUGUGCUGCGCAAUCUCUUCAUUUAUGGAAAUGACGAGAACAAAUAUCGUUUAACAGUUAACUUAUGCAUCACCACUAACUAAUCUAAAUUGAAAUUGAACAUGGCAGACACUCAAGAAAACAGAGAUAGUGGUGCCAAUGGGCCUUCAAAUGAUGGCUCAGGUGAUGGACCACCAGCCUCAAGUAGGAGAAACCCCGUGCUGGCACAUAUGAUGCAAAACAAAAUAGAAACCACGCUUUGGUUCACAAGGAUAUUCACUGUUGUCUGUUCAGUUGUCUUCUUACUUCCAAUAUUUGGAGGUAACCCCCACAGUUUUUAUCAACGAGCUCUUAUAGCAGCAGCUGCAACCAGCGCCCUGCGCUUGCACCAGCGCGUGCCAGUGGUGCAGCUGAACAUGGCCUUUCUGAGGGACCUGUUUGCUGAAGAUGCCAGUCACUACCUCAUGUACUGCAUCAUCUUCUUGAACACCUACCCAUUGACCAUUUCUCUGAUUCCUGUAUUCAUGUUUGCCUUGUUGCAUGCAUGCUCAUUCACAAAAACUAUCCUAAAUCUGAUGGGUCCAGCAUCGUUGAUGUUUGUACGCAACAUGAUCACAAAACUGGAAGCUCAACAGGUCAACAUUCUGAGGUUCAUAGCCAGUACAGAGAUAUUGCUCAUGCCAGUCAUUGUCAUCCUCAUAUUCAGUGGGAAGUGUAGCUUGUUUCUGCCUUUUAUAUACUACCGCUUUUUAAGCCUGAGAUACACCUCACGGAGAAACCCUUACAACAGGCAGUUGUUCAGUGAGUUUAACCAAACUGCAUUGUACUUAUGUAACAAGCCUCAGUGCCCUCAGUUCAUUCGUACCAUCUGCUACAAGGCAAUAGGUUUUAUUACUAGACUCGCCCCAGUCGUACCAACUUCGUAAAGAGGUUUUUGAAUCUACUACAUGUGUUUUAUUUCUGAAAAUUCUAGAUAUAAUUUUGUUUGUGAACUGUACGUGGCCUAUGUUAAUGAAUUUUUUUUUAAUUAUUUAUUUUCAAACGAGGCAUCUUGAGAGUUGCUUUUUAUCAUAUAAUUGAUAUAUUUUAAGUAUGAUACACCCUCAAAUAGUCCUAUGUAAAAUUAUUAUUGAAUAACUUAAGCAGUCUUAAUAUUUUCUGUUUGAAAACUAUUAUGACAUUCAGAAAAACAACAAUUUAUUCAUGAGUGUUCCCAAACUUGUGGGCUAGCAUCAGCCUUCUAGGCUGACUGUGCCAAGAAGGAUGUGUUUAUUUAUCUCCCCUAAUUUGGUAAAUAACUUCUUAUUUGAAUUCAUUAUUUCAGUGUUAACAUCCAUUAUGUUUUUUUAUUGAUGUCUGUGGUAGUAAGCUGUAGCAAAAUGUUUUGUUUUCAGGGUCGGUUUUUAGUUUUAUUCUAGCAUGCUGCUGUGAGGUUUUUGUUGAUCCAACAAAUAGAUUCUUAGGGGAUUUUAUUUGAGUCAGUUUACUGCCUGCAGUUGUGGGUGGUCAUACAUUUAGGUUUGAUUAGGGUUUACGUCCAGCCAAUUUACUGCCUAAUUUUUUUUUCCGUUGUUACUAUUGUUUGUUUUAUUUAGAUAUUUUAAAAUAAUAUUCCUGUAAUCUGUAAUAGUUACAGUUUGGGACUUGAAAUGGUUGAAAGUCUACUGAGGAUAAAAGUUUAGGGAUGUCGUGGUUAGUAACAACUAAUAAAGUAUGUCUUUUACAUAGGGGAAAUCAUUCCAUAACAUUUUCCAAUGUGAUUUCAUUAUCUUCCCAAUAAAAUUUAAAGAACAUAGUUAACUAUCUGUGAUACCUGGUCGUAAACUUAGCUGAACAAACCUAGGAUUUUUAAACCUACCACAGUUUGUAAAUGAUGUGUGAGGUAAUCUUUAUAUUCAGUAAACCAGCUGAGCUGUUGGCGGUUUUGUUUACAACCACUACAAAUAUAAGUAUCACAGUUGAGUUACUCGUCAUUAUGAUUUGCAUUUAUGUAGUGUUGUACUAUAUCUUAAAGCAGAUACUAAUUGGAAUUUCAUUUAUGUAAAUCGGAUUAGCUAAUUUAAUCAGAACAGUUUAGUUUCAAAGUCUGUAAAUAAAUUUAAAAAAUCUGUACAGUAACAAGUACAGUUAAUUUGAGCAAUAGUUGAGAAUUUUCCUAACCACUUGUGUGGUUCAUAUUAGAAACCUUGUACGAAACUGUAAGGGUGAUUCAUGAACUCAGCACCCACAAGAGACUGCUCAGUGGUUACAUACCUGAAGAAUUAGCACUGUUUGAAUAUUGUGUGCUACCUUUUUUAGAUCACUGGAUUGUUUUUGCUGAUAGUGUGAAGAUUAUAUUAAAAUACUAAGUACUAGUACCUUCAAGUCCUAAAGUUUCAUGACAAGAAUUCCAGCUUUGGUAAUCAGCAGCUUUUAAGUUAUAUUACAGAAUUAUUUGUACCCUCUUUAUUUUUUAAUUUAAAAAAAAUCACUUUUUGCCUCAAUAGUUUUAAAUAUUAUCACUAUUAAAACAAUCUUGAAAGUUUUAAAUGUUUUAAUGUACAUCUGUAAUUUUUCCCACUACGCUAUCACAUUAAGAUUUCAUGUUUGUAGUUUUAAAUGGUUGAUUGACUGUCGUGAUAGAGAACAAGAAAUCCUGUCUGGUACACGUUUAGCAUGGCACGUCUUACCUAGAAAUUCUGCUAAGAUAAAAUUAGUGGCUAGUAUGUCUGUCCUUUGCACCAAGAUGUGAAUGCUAAGUUUUAAAAGACUUGGUGCAUUAUGCCAGUAUUUCAAAACCUUGCUAUAAUUACACACAAAUACUGUGCUGUUUGAUACAACUUACACCACAUAAAGAUUUUCCUUAAGGAUAUAUGACAGAGUACAUCAGAUUAUCAAAAUUUUUUUUCCAAAUAAUGCAUGUUUUUAAGAUUUUGAUUUCCCUCUUUACUCAUAUUUACAGAUUUUCUUUCUAACCUCCAUCUGGUAGUUUCUUUUAUGUCUUUUAAGCACUGCAUUUUGCCCUUCUGUUAAUAUUAGUUUAUACAUUAAGUGAAUGGAAAUUCUAAGCUUCAACUCUCCUGUUGAUCUUACUAUUUCUAAUAGUAUAGAAUUUUUUAUUUAAGCUCACAAAUAUGAUUUGUAUUGAUGAAUCUAUUUUGAUUUUAAUUACUUGAAAUAAAAACUGAAUAGAAAUUGUGAAUGUUUUAAUUUUCAAUAUGAAAUAAAUAUUUUUACUUUUGA